GCUUGAGGGAACAUUGUCCCAGGCGUCGCCCGCUGAGCAGCCUGUCCUGGUGGUGUCCACCCCGGUGCCCUGCCCCGCGUCCAGCCAUGACCCUGCGCCCCUCAAGACCGCUGCUCCAGCUGCUGCUGCUGCUGCUCAGUGGGGUGCUGUGCCGGGCGGAGCCUGGGGUCGAAACGGAAAGUCCCAUCGAGAGCCUCCAAGUGCAGACCCUGGUGGAGCCCCCGGAGCCGUGCGAGGAGCCCGCGGCGUAUGGCGACACGCUUCACAUCCACUACACGGGCAGCUUGGUAGAUGGACGCAUCAUUGACACUUCCCUGACCCGAGACCCUUUGGUGAUUGAACUUGGCCAAAAGCAGGUGAUCCCAGGACUGGAGCAGAGCCUUCUAGAUAUGUGUGUGGGAGAGAAGCGGAGGGCAAUCAUUCCUUCUCACUUAGCCUAUGGAAAGCGGGGAUUUCCACCUUCUAUCCCAGCGGAUGCAGUGCUGAAGUUUGACGUGGAGCUAAUUGCACUGGUCCGAGCCAACUACUGGCAAAAGCUGGUGAAGGGCAUUGUACCUCUGGUAGGCAUUGCCCUGGUGCCAGCCCUGCUGGGCCUCAUUGGCUACCACCUGUACAAAAAGGCCAGCAGUCCCAAAGUCUCCAAAAAGAAGCUCAAGGAAGAGAAACGAAACAAGAGCAAAAAGAAAUAAUAAACGAUGAACGUGAAAAACA